AUGGCUUUCGGAUUUCUGACCCGCUCACCUUGUUUCUUCUUUUCUUCUGCCUGCUCCACUUCUUUCAGCUUGAUGCCCUCGAUUCCCAGGGUUCAUUUGGCAGAUCUCUUCUUCCAAGAGCAGUUGGUGGAAACCCUACAGAGCCGCUCCAUUCAACGCUGCGUGCUGCGCAACCUGCUGCCCUCCGCCGGUCACGGUAACGUGGCGGAGCCGCGCGUGGCGUGGACAGCGGUGCAGUUGGAGAUCUUGAACAGCGGGUGGAUUCAUCGAAUCCAGAAGUUGGACUUUCCACAGAUGGAGGAGUUCCGGCCCGCGCGCGUGGAGAGCCCCGCUUCGCAGAAGAAGAUGGCGCUGAGCGAAGAAAAGCACGAGGAGGUCUUGGACAAGUUGGCCCGGAUGCAACUGGCUGAGUUGCAAGUCUCCCGCGAUUGGGUCCGCUGGAUCCUGCCCCGCCUGGGUUCUUGCGAGCCCUCCAUGAAGGUUUUGGAUCAUGACGACAUCCAAGAUGAGCUUUCAGGCAUUCCUCCAGCCACUUUGGAGAUCCUGGACGGCGUUUCCAUCGCUGUGCUGCCACAGUUGCUGCAACUCCUGGAAGAAGAGAACGGCGAAUUUGGGCAUCACUUGUCCCCACUUCUGAAGGAGCCGGCCCCCUUGGAUCUUCAGCAGAUCUUCUGCGACCGCUGGGUCCGUCCCAGUUGCAUCAAGGCGGAGGAGUUCCAGCGGAGGGAUGCGGUGCUCCGCGAGACCAUCACCAACUUGGAAUACGAACCCUUCUGUGAACAUGCCACCAGCCAUGCCUCCACUCCGCUGCUGGAGAUGUAUACCAUGGUCUAUACCCCCGAUGAAACUCCGCUCCCGGGCCUUCCGGAUCAGAUCCGCGGGUGCCGCGGCGGAUUGGCGGAUCGGCGGAUCGGGGGACUCGUGUCACUUGCUGGCGGUGUUGCACAGCUUGCGCGCGCUCCUCCGUGA